AGAGUACGCUUUACUGACAAAAUUCCUAGAGUUCAUACUUUCUCAUCCAGAAUAUCUUCCCGAAGAUAAUGCUAUGAAAUUCAUAUCCGAUGAUGAUGGACUGACGUUCAAUCUCUGUCAUUCGGAUAUGGACUUUUGGAGAUCAGAACCAUAUAUGAAAUACUUCGAAUUCCUUGAUGAGAAGGGUGGCUUCUACUACGAACGUUGGGGUGAUGCUCCUGUCCAUAGCCUUGGAGUGGCCCUCUUCGCGCACAAAGACCAGCUACAUUGGUUUAAUGAAAUUGGGUACCGACACGACCUCUUGCAACACUGCCCACAAGGGGAUUUGCAUACAAAGG